AAAUUGUCGAUUUAUUUAUUUUAUUGUUUUGGGUUAUAGAGCGUAAUGGAGGGAAUGGUUGAGCGGUUAAUUUAAGUCUCUCAAGUGGUGGUAGCUUGACGAAGAGGGUGCGCAGGUUAAGCGAAUCUGCUUUGUAGGCUUGGUGGGCGCUGUUUAAGACAGUAGAGAGAGAGAGAGAGAGAGAGAGAGAGAGAGAGAGAUAGAGAGAAGGGGGGAGUCUGAUAUCAUCACUUUGAGUAUUGAUGAUCCAUGUCGAAAAUGAAGCAUCUACUGAGGAAGCUUCACAUCGGCGGGGGUUUCAAUGACCCCCAAAGAUUGGGCGACGCCCGACCCGUAACUAGCCCGAAUUCGAAUCAUCCCGAUCCGUCCACCUCUUCUACGGCCUCGUCGUUGUCGUCGGCCUCGACUUCCAGCUCCACUACAAUGGCGGGAAUUGCGACUGUUGAAUCUGUUGCCGAUCGUUUGGGUGGGGAUAGUAGUGGUGGUGGCGUGGAUUUCAAUUUUUUGGAGGAGGAGUUUCAGGUGCAGUUGGCCAUGGCGAUUAGCGCUUCGGAUCCCGAUGCGCGCGACGACCCCGAGUCCGCUCAGAUCGACGCCGCUAAGCGGAUUAGCCUGGGUUGCUCUGCUGCUGUCACCGACAGCCCAGCCCUUGUUGAUUUUCUUUCGCUUCGAUACUGGAACUAUAAUGUUGUAAAUUAUGAUGAAAAGGUGGUGGAUGGUUUUUAUGACGUAUAUGGUGUUACAUCAGAUUCACUUGCACAAGGGAAGAUGCCAUUAUUGGUUGAUCUUCAAGCAAUAUCUGUUUUAGAUAAUAUUGAUUACGAGGUGUUGUUGGUCAACCGCAUGGUUGAUCCUGAGCUUCAGCGGUUGGAGAAAAGGGCAUAUGCAAUAUCAAAAGAAUCUCAUGUUUCUAGACAUGGUUUAGUUUUAAGUGGCUUGAUCCAGAACAUUGCUAAUAUUGUUGUUGAUAGAAUGGGUGGCCCAGUUGGUGAUGCCAAUGAAAUGUUGAGAAGGUGGGUUGUGCGGAGGUAUGAAUUGAGGAGUUCAAUGAACACUAUCAUACUUCCCCUUGGAUGCCUUGAUGUUGGACUUUCACGCCACAGAGCCUUGCUCUUUAAGGUAUUAGCUGAUACGAUUAAUCUUCCAUGUAUGCUGGUCAAAGGGAGUUAUUACACUGGUACUGAUGAUGGAGCUGUGAACUUAAUUAAACUUGAAAACGGAAGUGAAUAUAUUAUUGAUCUGAUGGGGGCUCCUGGCACACUAAUUCCUGCUGAGGUACCCAGUAGUCAGCUCCAAAAUUCUUUCCUUGGUAUGAGGAGCUUUUCAGAUGUGAAAGUGAUGCCCACUGGUCCAAGAUUUCUUCGUGCUGGAGGAAUUGGACCACUAGCGGUUUCCAAAGUAGGAAGUUCAAGGUCAGAUGAAGUAUCAUAUGGAGACUCUGGGUCAAAAGAUAAUGAGAGGACCCUUCUUGGAGAAAAUCCAAUUGUGAGAUGUGAGAAUGAGUUUGGUAAGCCUCUACCAUCUCCACAUAGAUCAUCUCAAACUUCACUUGGCACUUGUGGAAAAACAUCGUUGGCACAGAAAAAGAAAGUAAAAAAUGUAUCAAAAUAUGUCAUCAGUGCAGCAAAGGACCCGGAAUUUGCACAGAAACUGCAUGCUGUCUUGUUAGAAAGUGGUGCUUCACCUCCUCCAGAUUUAUUUCUGGAUAUAAGUUCACAGGAUCUUGAUGAAGGCAAAGUGCUUGGUCGAAUCCAAGCAGUAGAUCAGGAAAUUGCAUCUGACGGAGUGCAUAUAAACACAGAUAACUUAAGGUCAAGUCUUGAGAGAUCUCUCAUACCUUUUUCUGGAGGGGAGAAUUCUAACUAUGUUAGUGUGGAUAACAUGAAAAAACGAGCUCCUAUGGUUUUAGCUGACAAGCAAAAUGAAUUGGAGAUAAUUUCCAAUAAGUCUAAAUUUGCUCUAACUUCUGAUACUCUUAGCGAGGGAUUUAUGCUUCUUGUUAAUGAACCUAGUGAAAUGACCCAGACUGAUGCUGUAAAUAUAGAUAUGGCUUCUUCUGAUCCAUCAAAUAUGUACACACGAUCUUCACAGGAAGAACAGUUUAACAAACCUGCCAUGCCUUCUCAAGUCAACUCUGGUCAAAGACAUCUUGAAAAUGCCUAUGUCAAUGAUGAUAACAUGAUUGUGAUGGAAAGAGUUGAUAAUGGCUUUGUUAUUGGUUCUUCUGGUCAAAGUGAGGGAAUUAACCCAGUGCUGGGGGAAGCUGCAGAGUGGGAAAUUCCAUGGGAGGAUCUUCGGAUUGGUGAGCGCAUUGGUAUUGGUUCAUAUGGUGAGGUUUAUCAUGCGGAAUGGAAUGGCACUGAAGUUGCUGUGAAGAAGUUUCUAGACCAAGGAUUUUCUGGUGAAGCAUUGCUUCAGUUUAAAUGUGAAGUUGAAAUCAUGUUAAGACUGAGACAUCCAAAUGUUGUUCUUUUCAUGGGGGCAGUUACUCGGCCCCCACAUUUCUCUAUACUGACAGAGUUUCUUCCCAGGGGGAGUUUAUAUAGAUUACUGCAUCGCCCUAAUUCUCAACUUGAUGAAAAAAGGCGAAUGAAAAUGGCACAUGAUGUGGCCAAGGGAAUGAAUUACCUUCAUACUAGCCAUCCUACUAUUGUGCAUCGAGAUCUGAAGUCUCCAAAUCUCCUUGUUGAUAGAAACUGGGUUGUUAAGGUUUGUGAUUUUGGUUUGUCACGCAUGAAGCACCACACAUUUCUGUCUUCAAAGUCUACUGCUGGAACGCCUGAAUGGAUGGCACCUGAGGUCUUAAGAAAUGAACCAGCCAAUGAGAAGUGUGAUGUGUACAGUUUUGGUGUGAUAUUAUGGGAAUUGGCUACCUGCCGUAUCCCAUGGAAAGGCUUGAACCCCAUGCAGGUUGUUGGAGCUGUUGGGUUCCAGAAUAGGCGUCUUGAAAUUCCAGAAGAGGUUGAUCCAGUGGUAGCCCAGAUAAUGUAUGAUUGUUGGCAAACGGAGCCAAAUUUACGACCCUCUUUCUCGGAACUCAUGCUCCGCCUCCGACAUCUUCAACGUCUAGUUGUUGAAAGAUCCAAUUCCACAAAUGAACGAUAAAGUAACCAGGAAACACAAUUGUAAUAAUAGUUGGAAGUUGUCCCUGGGCUCGAAGAGCCAGGGAGUUUUUCACUUUAAUGCAAAGAAAAAGAGAGAAUGCUGGAUUGGAAGUGUUGGCUCAUUCAAAGUGGGGGCAUGGCACAACCUAUUCAGGACAGAGUGGAGACCCUCCAAACUGAACAGCUGCAUAAGUGCAGUGGAGGGUACCAUUGAAGAUUAAUCUUUUACAAGAAUUACUGAAUUAGUAGGUAGUUGUAAGAAAUUUCAAGGAAAAAGAAAAAGGAAAAAGGAAAAAGAAAAGAAAAGAAUAAAUUUGUCAUUUAUGUUAUCUGUAGAGGUCUUGUUUCGGAAUUGUAAACACUUGAUCGCUGCAGGUUAUUGUGAAAAUUGUGAAAAUUACCCCCAAAAAAGGAAAAAUGAAAGAAAGAAAUUGUGCACACUCAA